CAUGGAUUUCGGCAAUUUGAGGCACACGACACCAACACACAGCACAGCACACACACAAUAAUGGAGGCGUGCACUGUGGCCAAGUUGCAGGAGCGGGUGCAGCGUGCACGUGCUUUCCUUGAACGGGAAGAUGUGCAGAAACUGGUGACGCUGUACAUGGUGGAGACUUUUACCCACGACCACCUACAUUCCAGCAUUCCAUCGACAUGGCUGGCAGCUCUUCUCUCAGCCUCCCACGAUCAAUUGAUGCAAAUCGCGUAUGGAAAGAGCGCACCCGAAUGGCCAGAAGAUCUGCGCACCAUGCUGGCGCAGGGGGUCGACAUUGCGCUGCCACGACAGCAAGCUACGCACAUCCAUGGCGAGCCCAUCGUGCCUGUGGAGAUCAACUCCGUCGUCAAGAUGGGGCUGAGGCCAAAGAAGGUGCACGAGGUGGCCCACCUUUCUGCCCUCGUCGCCAAGGUGGCAGAGAGCGUGCAAGCUAAGGCCGUCCUGGACUUUGGCAGCGGCAAAGGUUACCUCGGUCAGGUCCUGUCCAUCACAUCGGGCCUGCGCGUGGUCGGCAUUGAGUCGCAGGAGGCCUUGAACGCCACCGCUGUCAGUCGCUCGGCAAAGAUUGCACAGUGGGCCAUGAAGCGACACGCCGCCAUCGCCGCAGGUCUUGUCUGCGGUAGCUGCCCGACAGCACCAGCAGCACCCGCUCGCACCAAGAGCAGCGGGAAUGGUACUCACACGAGCAGGCGUGCCCGGAGACGGCACCGACGCAAGGAGCGACAGCAGAUGAAGAAGCAGGCUGGUGGGACGGAGGAAGAGCAACAGGAGCAAGAGGAGGGAGAUUGUGCUGUGGGCGGAGAUGGCAGACGGAAGCAGCGGAGCGUUGAGGAAGAGGCGUGGAAUGAGCUUGAGGUGAAGGGAGAGAUUGACCAGCAGGGAGAGCGCGACCAAGCGCACAUGCAGGUACGUGCUCAACAACAACAGGAGCAACAACAGCAGCAGCAGGAGGGGGAGGAGACGAGCAACGUUGCUGCUCACGCUGUUCCUGCUCACGCUGUUGCUGCUCACGACGCCUCAGAUCCAGAUGUUGACGCGGCACCAACGACAACAACGGCAACAACAACAACAACAACGACAGCAACGGCAACAUCAACAACAGCGACAACAGCAGCAGUACAAGGCGGGUUCCGCGUGGGACGGGUUGAGGCUGUGACCACGGUGGUGAAGGAUGGAGAAGGGCUGGAUGCAGCUGCCUCUGAUGCGGUUGAUGGCUCUGUCAUUACGGGGCUUCAUACCUGUGGUGAUCUGCACACGUCGCUGCUGCAAAUCUUCGCAGACGCUGGAGCACGUGCGCUUGUCAGUGUUGGCUGCUGCUACCACCGCCGCACGGAACCUGACGAUGAGCACGCAAACCAAAAGGUGUUCCCACUGAGCAGAUUUCUCAAGUCGCAGUCAGCGCGACUGGCAGAUCGGUCGAUGGAACUCGCCUGUCACGCACGUGAACUCUGGACGAAGCAGCCGCCAACGCACUUUCACGCGCACACGAACAGGGCCAUCUUGGAGGUGAUCUUCCACAAGCAGCUACCACAGCACGACCCAACGCAGGUGAAGAUUGGGCGAAUGAAGCUGAAGAAAGGGCAGCGGCCGGGUGAUGGUGGUGAUGUGCAGCACUUUAUUGGUUUCGCAACAGAGGUGAUGCGUCGACUCAAGCGGAAGUAUGACCAGCGCACACAAGGGCAGGGGCAAACCAAGCAACUGACGCAGGACCGUCAGCAGGAGCAGGAGCAGCAAGAACAACAAGAACAACAACAACAGCAGCCGCGAUGGGACCUGUUACAAGCUGACGAGGACAUGCUUCGCCACGUGUACAACGCAUGCUCACCUCUGCACAAUGCAGUUGUCGGCGUGUAUGCACUGCGCGUGCUUGUGGCCACAGUGGUGGAGACCUUGCUCCUGUGCGACCGUGCCCUGUACCUGUGCGAGCGCGGCAUGGCAUGCGACAUCGUUGCCCUCUUUGACCCGGCCGUGUCGUCCAGGAACUUUGCCAUUGUCGCAACGAAGCCGCAGCAGGCUGCCACAGCACCGUCGUCCUUGUCGCUUGAGGAUGACGAUGAUGUCAAGCGAGCCAAGACGCAGCGGUCGCAGGGCGAGCCGCGCACCACCAGCAGCUAG